AUGGGCUUCUGCCCCUCGUCUGUAGUUUGCACCAUGACGGGCCAUAACCACUACGUCAUGUGCGCCCAGUUCCACCCAAAGGAGGACCUCGUCGUAUCCGCGUCGCUCGACCAGUCCGUUCGUGUCUGGGACAUAUCGGGUCUCCGCAAGAAACACUCCGCCCCGACCUCCAUGUCGUUUGAGGACCAGAUGGCCCGCGCCAACCAGAACCAGGCUGACAUGUUUGGCAACACCGAUGCCGUUGUCAAGUUCGUCCUUGAGGGCCACGACCGCGGUGUCAACUGGGUCGCCUUCCACCCUACUAUGCCGCUCAUUGUGUCGGCCGGCGAUGACCGCCUCGUGAAGCUUUGGCGUAUGAGCGAGACUAAGGCUUGGGAGGUGGACACGUGUCGCGGCCAUUUCCAGAACGCGUCGGGCUGUCUGUUCCACCCACACCAGGACCUCAUCCUGUCUGCUGGUGAGGACAAAACCAUCCGUGUCUGGGACCUUAAUAAGAGAACAGCUGUCCAGACGUUUAAGAGAGAGAAUGACCGCUUCUGGGUCAUUGCCGCCCACCCCGAGAUCAACCUCUUCGCCGCCGGCCAUGACAACGGUGUCAUGGUCUUCAAGCUCGAGCGCGAGCGUCCUGCCUCCGCCGUCUACAUCAACAACCUCUUUUAUAUCAACAAGGAGAAGCAGGUGCGGUCCUAUGACUUCCAGAAGAACCUCGAAUCCCCCACUCUUCUGUCCCUGAAGAAGGUCGGCCCCGCCUGGGUGCCUCCGCGGACUCUUUCCUAUAACCCCGCCGAGCGCUCGAUUCUCGUGACGUCGGCUGCCGACGGCGGCUCGUACGACCUGAUCAACCUCCCCAAGGACGGUUCGGGCGCCUUGGAGCCCACUGAGCUGAAGCGCGGCUCCGGUAACUCGGCCAUCUUUGUGGCUCGCAACCGCUUCGCUGUCCUGAAUACAGCUACACAGACCAUCGACAUCAAGGACCUCACUAACAAUGUCACGCGCUCUUUCAAGCCCCCUGCUGGCACCACCGACAUCUACUUUGGCGGCCCCGGCAACCUGCUCAUCAUCACGCCGACUGCCGUUCACCUAUACGACAUCCAGCACAAGAAGACCAUCGCCAGCUUGAACGUGAAUGGUGUGAAGUACGUUUCUUGGUCCAACGACAGUUUGUACGCUGCGCUCCUGAGCAAGCACAACGUGACGAUUGUUACCAAGACGCUGGAGCAGGUCAGCACGUUGCAUGAGACGAUCCGUAUCAAGAGCGCCACCUGGGACGAUGCCGGUAUCCUUCUGUACUCGACUCUCAACCAUAUCAAAUAUACGCUCCUGAACGGCGACAACGGAAUCGUGCGCACUCUCGACCAGACGGUGUAUCUGGUUCGCGUCAAGGGCCGCAACGUCUACUGCCUCGAUCGCUCCGCGAAGCCCAAGAUCCUGCAGAUCGACCCCACCGAGUACCGCUUCAAGAUGGCUCUGGUCAAGCGCAACUACGAAGAGAUGCUUCACAUUAUCCAGACAUCGUCACUUGUUGGCCAGUCCAUUAUUUCAUACCUCCAGAAGAAGGGAUACCCAGAGAUCGCGCUACAGUUCGUCCAAGACCCGACGACGCGAUUCGAGCUAGCCAUAGAGUGUGGCAACCUCGAUGUUGCCGUUGAAAUGGCCAAGGAGCUAGACAAGCCCAAGCUAUGGUCGAGACUGAGCAACGAGGCUCUGGCUCACGGCAACAACCAGGUUGUGGAGAUGUGCUACCAGAAGCUGAAGCAGCUGGACAAGCUAUCUUUCCUGUAUUUGUCGACGGGCGACAAGACAAAGCUAGCCCGCAUGGCUAAGAUUGCCGAACACCGCGGCGACUUUACGUCGCGGUUCCAAAACGCCCUGUAUCUCGGCGACGUCGAGGACCGGAUACAGAUGUUCAAGGAGAUCGAUCUUUGUACGUAUUAA